UUUUCAUUUGAACUUUGAAAGAAAGCUUGGAAAACCAGCGUCGAAUAGUGCAGCUCUGUAGAGAUUAGAGACUAGAGAGACUAGAGAGGAGGACUCAAAGGAGGUGGGGAUGGAGAAGAUCUGCGUAGCAGUUAGGGUUAGACCUCCGGUGAGCCAAGAAGUCUCCAAUGGGUUGUAUUGGAAGGUCGAAGACAACCGGAUCUCUCUCCACAAGCCCCUCGGCACCCCUAUUUCCGGCGUAUCUUAUGCUUUUGAUCACGUAUUCGAUCAAAACUGCACGAAUGCCAAGGUCUAUGAGCUUCUUACAAAAGACAUUAUUCGAGCUGCUGUUGAGGGUUUUAAUGGAACUGCAUUUGCUUAUGGACAGACCAGCAGUGGCAAGACUUUCACUAUGAAUGGUCGUGAAAAUGAUCCAGGAAUCAUUCACCUUGCUGUUAAAGAUAUUUUCCAAAACAUUCAGAUGGCAAUUGACAGAGAAUUUCUGAUUCGAGUAUCUUACAUGGAAAUUUAUAAUGAAGAAAUCAAUGAUCUUCUUGCCCCUGAGAAUCAGAAACUUCAAGUUCAUGAGAGUUUAGAGCGGGGUAUUUUUGUUGCAGGUCUUAGAGAAGAAAUUGUGAACAAUACUGAGCAAGUCAUUAAGCUCAUUGAACUAGGGGAAGUUAACCGGCACUUUGGUCAGACAAACAUGAAUGCACGAAGUAGCAGAUCCCACACUAUAUUUAGGAUGGUCAUUGAAAGUAAGGGCAAGGACACAACAUCUAGUGAUUAUUCAAAUUCAGAUGCUGUUCGUGUGUCUUUCCUGAACUUGGUAGAUUUAGCUGGGUCUGAGCGUAUUGCUAAAACUGGAGCUGGUGGAGUACGCUUGAAGGAAGGAAAACACAUUAAUAAGAGCUUAAUGGUUCUUGGGAAUGUCAUUAACAAAUUAAGUGAUGGGAGCAAGCAGAGGGGACAUAUUCCGUAUCGUGAUAGUAAGCUGACACGCAUACUCCAACCUGCGCUUGGUGGUAAUGCUAAAACUUCAAUCAUUUGUACUGUAGCACCAGAGGAGAUUCACAUAGAAGAAACAAAGGGAACCCUCCAGUUUGCCAGCAGAGCUAAACGCAUUACAAAUUGUGUCCAAGUAAAUGAGAUCCUAACUGAUGCAGCCUUACUGAAGCGACAGAAGUUAGAGAUUGAGGAAUUGCGUAAGAAGCUUCAGGGAUCCCGGGCAGAGGUGCUUGAGCAAGAGAUUUUGAAAUUGAGGAAUGAAAUGCUGAAGUAUGAAUUAGAGCAUGAAAAACUUGCUAUGGAACUAGAGGAGGAGAGAAAAUCACAUAAAGAACGGGAUCGGUGUAUUAAGGAGCAACAGAUGAAAAUAGACAACCUCAGUAAUCUUGUUAGUUGCUCAGAGCAAGACAGAAAUUCAGUUCAGAACAGCAAUGGACACCCUUUCUCACAGCGUCAAUACCAAAGCCUUGAGAUCUGGGAGCAGGGACUUGUUUCUGUAAGACAGAGCCUUAAGGAAGAUAGCAACGACAAUUAUAGCAUAUUUCAAGGAGAUGCUUUCAGGACCCCUUGCUUUAAAGCAGCUCCUAAUACCUUUGUUGCAAAACGAUCAGAUUAUUCAAUGCCACUUGACACCAGUCCCAUUCCAGAUGAUUUCGGCAAUGUUGCUGAUGAAGACUUGUGGUUGAGGCUCAAUAAAGGCCAGGCAACCGACCUUGAUUCACUUCAAAUGACUCCAGCUAGGGAAAACCAUUCUUUCCCAUCAAUUGAUGCUUCCCCUGGUUAUUCAAUUGAUUAUUACAAAGAGGAGAUUCAAAAGCUCAAGCAACAAUUGGAACAUGCUAUUAAAGAGAAAGAUGAACUUGAGAGAAAUAAUGCAGAACAACUAUUUUUAAAUAGUCAACUAUUGCAGGAGAUAUCUGAACUUCAACAUGAGUCAUUAUUGAUACGAGAAAUUCCACCAAGGUUGUGUGAGUCUGUAGCAAAUUGCAAGGAUAUCUAUAAGGACGUUUUAUCAAUGAUGCAGAGUUUUGUAGCUGAUGAAAAAUCUUCUACCGCAAAAUUGCUUUCAAGUACAAGUGACAUUGCUGUUUGUCUAUUCUCAACUCUAGAAACCCAUUUCUCAAUGGAUAAAGAUGGAUGCAGUGUUUUAAGUGGGGAGAAUUCUCCAAUUCAAGAACAAUGGAAAGUGCUUGUUGAGAAGUUGAAAAGUGCAGCUACAACCUUGGCAUCUUUGCAAGCACCAACUUCCGAGCAUCAACAUCUGAUGGUUCCAGUGCACACUAGCAAAAAUGAGGGAUUUGAUUUUGGAGGUGCAAAUGCUAGUUGGAUGGAGAAGUUAGGUCAUGAACUGAAUGCUAUCAAGGAAAAAUACCAGAUCUUGGACAAGGAUUUCAAUCACAACAACAAACUCCUGGAGAGUUUCAAGGAGAAGUGCCAUAGCUUGGAAAGAGAGUGCUCUAUUUUGAAAGAAGAAAAAACCUUCCUUGUUCAGAAGCUCUCCAAAUCCUCUCAAAAACUUGAACUUGUUACCGACCAAAGGGACAAGCUCUCAAAGGAUUUGAGCUUGGAAGUGCAAAAGAGGAAAGAGCUUGAACGGGAAAUUACACGGUUCAGCUUAGCUUUUGCUCGUCGGCAGAAAGCACUCAUGACAUUCCAUGGUGAAUGCAAGUCUAAAAUAGAAUUUUUGAGAACCCUGAGUCCAGGUUCAAAAUCCAAAACUCUUGGGUAUUGAAGAUUAGAUUGUUUAAAUUUUGCUAUUUAAUUGAAAAGAAAUAGCAGGGAGACCUUUUCUGUUUAAUUUAUUUAUUUGUAGACGGCUAUGUGAAGCUUCUUUUGCUGUAUUCAAGUAGAGAGGGUAUUUCUGUAUCACCCUUAAACUACGUUGUGGCAUUUCCUUGUUUCAAAGAUUUGAUUAAUUUCUGUAUAAAAAAGUGAUUCAACGAUUUGGUUUUCCAUGACCUGAAAUGGAAGGCUGUUUUAACUUCAAGAUUGACUUAGCUGCUCAGAUAUAACUGUUA